AAACCAGUUCAUGUGCUGGAGAAAAAAAAAGUACAGACCAGGAAGUGUUGGCACAGUGCAUAGCUGUCGGUCAUUCGGAAACACAUACAAACAUUUUAAGUCUAAGGACUAACGUUUAAUCGUUUAUUGUGGAUUAAAUCAAAAGUCACCAGAAAAGGAAACUAUGGGGCUGGGCGAUCCAGAUAGUACGCAGAGAGAUGAGGAAGCAGCUCAGGAGGUGGAUCGGGUUAAAGCUCUACAGUCUCAAGUGGAUGGUGUAAAGGAUAUUAUGACCCAGAAUGUGGAUCGGAUCCUGGCUCGUGGAGAGAGGCUUGACGAUCUGAUGGGGAAAUCUGAGGACCUGCAGGCUGGGGCCCAGAACUUCAAACAUACCUCUCAGAAGGUUGCUCGUGCUUACUGGUGGAAAAAUGUGAAAUUGAUUGUGGUUAUCGUCGUGAUUGUCCUCAUCGUUAUUCUGAUAAUAAUAUUCCUUGCUACUGGUGUAAUUCCAACCAGUUCUCCUCCGCCUUUACCCACUUCGAAACCUUAGAGUUGCACUCUCUCUCUUACACACAUACAAACCAAAACAAUUAGGACCUACACACAUAACACACACACACUUCAGUUUGCACAUUUUACUCAUAUACCUUCAUAUCACUUGGUGUCUCACCACCCUGUAAUGAGGUAACAGAGCUUCCAUAAUGACAGCUUUAAAACCUUGAAGUGGAUUUUAAGUUGUCUUUUACAUAUUUUACUCCCAGAUCAUGCUAAUGACCACUUCAGCUGCCUUAUGGUUCUCUAAAACUUGUGAGAAAACCUCAUAAUAUUACAUGCAAACUAUAAUUACUAAGUACUAUAGAUAUCCUUGAAAUAAUCCUAUAUGCUGGCAUUGAAUCAGAGAAGGUAAUGGGUAAAAGUUCUGUCUAUUGAAUUAUGAAGUAUAUUUAAGACUGAUAGAUUCAUUGAAAUGUUAGUAGGAAUUAUACCACAUUUCUAGCCUGUAUUUUGUAUCUGAUGGGUUACUGUCUUUGUUAUUUUUACAGUUUUGUGACAUUUGUAAAAAAAAUCAACCAAGUAUGUUUUUCUUAAAAUGUUAAAAGUAAGAAUAUCAUUGACUUGUUUAGGGAAUUUAUUUCACUUAAGGAAACUUCUUGGAGUUAAGCACAAAUUGUCCUCUAACAGAAAAAAUUAAAAAUUCUUACGGCAUAUACAGAGCAUUUGAACAAGGUUAUCUAGUCUUGCUUCUGCCCUUUAAAUGGGUAUUUUUUAUAGAUAAAUGUGCUAUUUGUCUUUUCACGUCAUAUCACUGCACUGAGUUGUACCUCCACAGUUACUGUAAAAAUUUAAAAUUUGGACACCGUUUGCCGUCGGUCAGCUAAAGCUUUUUUUAAAGCCGAGACACACAACUUCAAUUUCUGUAAAGAGCGUCAAUGAGGAAUAUUUAGCUGUGUUGUAAUGUUUAGCUCUAACUCUUGACAUUUAAAAAUUAGCCAAUGACAAUUAACUUUCCACAUAUCAGUAGUCGUUUCCUUCACAGGCAUUCCUGGUGUUAUAAAAUGAUCUCAUUUUAACCUAUUGACUAGCUGUACGCACUUUGUUUUGGAGAGGUCAAGAUGUUUUUGUCUGUUUGAAUGUUUGUUACUUGAAUCUCAUUAUGUAUUUCUUUUAGCUUUCCUUAACCUUGUACAUGUUUUUGUUUAAAAAUGUAAUGUAUUAGUCACCUUUAUUAUUAUAAACAAGAAGUUUAAUAUUUUUUCCAUAAAACUUAAAUUAACAUUUUUAAACACAUCUGUGAAUUUGGAACCUUAUCUAAUUAAAUCACCAAUUUCACCUUUCAUCUGUGCUCAUUUUUGCCACAGAAACAGUUUGUGCUGGUUUGGUGUUUGUUUAUUUGAGAUGCCAAAUUCACAGAGGGAUUGUAAACCUUUAAAGUGCCUUUGAAGUAAAUACUUGGAGGACACAAGAGACUUGUAAAAAUGUUUUGGCAAUAAAUAUUUAAUCUGGCAUUAC